GAACACGUCCUACUAACGGUUCUUUUCCCAGGGAGCCCCGUACGGCACGAAGAACCUCGGAAGCCCGGCGUAGGUAUCUGGUCGCCAUAUCAGGCGCGAUCGUCCUGUGUACUACCUCCUCGAUCGCUUUCGAUCGCCCCGUUCAGUAGACCAGCGUCUGUUUAAUCAACAAAUUCGAGAUCCGCCAUGAUUCCGAGGCCCCACCCAAUGCCGAGGACCAUUUCCAAGGGGCUCGACUCGCUAUGGGGGUCAAUCAAUAUGACUAUGAAUGAGUAUACAGUGUUCCGGAACUUAGUUGAAGAUGGCAUUGAUCGAUACCUCGAUCAUCGUAGAUACUACACGCAGCAGGACCAGGAUAGAAUGGAGGUGCAUCUUGCAGAGGCCGCGAGGCUGUGGGCACACAAGGACCAGUACGAGGACGACUGGCCGAUCAGACAGUAUACGUUCAUGUGGCUGCACCAGCGGGCGUCCAAGGCCUCUCGGAGAAAGACCUCAAAGACUCUCUCCCGCCCGGCCCUAGCAUCAUCAUCCCGAGGAAGGUCACCUCGCGUCCCGGCCGCCAGGCCCACAGUGCGUGCCGCCAGGCCCACAGUGCGCGCCGCGAGCCCCGCGAGCAUCCGGCCACGCGUACGGAGCUUCCUCCCAAUCCCAGUAAUAUGCCCGGAGUUGAUAAGAUGGCCGGCAUCCGCCGAGAUAAGAUGGCAGCCACCGAGAUUCGCCCCGAUUCGGAGGUAGCCAGUGGCGCUCACCGUCGCAGCCGCUGCGUUCCAGUGGCCGUUGCCAGGAUCCGCUGGCAUGCAUCGUCCAGCGCCGUUCGCCAGCGGUGGUCGGCGUUCGACGCAGACGUACAGUGGAUGCCAAUACACCAGUCGCUGGAUGCCGCCGGUUCCCGGUGCCUGCUACCAGUGGUUUGUGGUGCCUGCUGUUUGCCACUGGUAUGAGCAUAUAUAUGUACAAACACGGCA